AUGAUUUUUAAAUCUGCUUUUAACUGUAAACGUUUGUUCAUAUUUUCUCUCCCUUUCUCUUUCUCUCUAUUUUUCUCUCUCUCAUUCUCUCUCUCGCUUUCUCCUUAUCUUUCUCGGGUUCUCUUUCUCUCUUUCUCUCGCUUUCUCUUUCUCUCUCUUUUUCUCUCUCUCACUUUCUCCUUCUUUUUCUCGAUUUCUCUUUCUCUCCCUCCCUCUCUUUCUCUCUCUCUCUCUUUCUCUCUCUCACUUUCUCCUUCUUUUUCUCGGUUUCUCUUUCUCUCCCUCUCUCGCUUUCUCUCUCUUUCUCUCUCUCUUUCUCUCUCGCUUUUUCUUUCUCUCGCUUUCUACUCUUUCUCGGGUUUCUCUUUCUCUCCUUCUCUCGCUUUAUCUUUCUCUCUUUCGCUUUCUCUUUCUUUCUCUCUCUCUCUCUCUCUCUCUUACUCUUUCUUUCUUCCUAUGGAUUUCUCUCUCUCUCUCUAA